AUGUCUCUCUCUGUUGUGACGAGAAACGAAACUACUGUGUGUGAGUUUGCUCACACGAAACGAAACUAUGUCGCUGUCUGAGCAAAAGAGGGCGCCAGAGAGUCACUUCGUCCAUGCAACCCCCACGACUGAAGCGCAAGAAAGGAAAAGGAAAACUCACACACAGUAGUUUCGUUUCUCGAGAAAUAAAACCUCCCGUAGGGGACCAAGCUCGGCCCGGCACAAGGCUCGUCACAACAGAGAGAGACAUGGAUCCCGUGACAGCCGCCGUAGCAGGAGCAGCGUGUGCAGCAGGAGCCGUGAUCCUGGCUCCUGUCGCCCUGGGGGCCGCAGGUUUCACCUCGGCUGGAAUAGCAGCGGGCUCCAUUGCUGCUAAAAUGAUGUCGGCUGCUGCAAUUGCUAACGGAGGUGGAGUGGCAGCAGGAAGUCUGGUGGCUGUUUUGCAGUCAGCAGGUGCAGCUGGUCUGUCGGGGGCUGCCACCGCGGCUGCGGCCGGCGCUGGAGCGGCAGUGGGAUGGCUGGCUAACCUCAUCCGCUGAAAAUCCCUUAAGGACACAUGUAUUUACUCAAACGGGAACAAUUGUAAAUCCUGUUACCUCGAUGAAGGAGUUGAUGGAGCAGCACGUUUGUUUUCUGAGACAGCUGAGACGUUUGCUUGUGUGCGGUUCCCUGAAGUUAGAGAUGGUGUCACAUUAAUGAAGUGUACAACUUUCAGAAAACAAGUACAACCUAAAUAAAAUGCAUUUGAAAGGGU